AUGAAUGGCGGAGCCACGCGCGCCAUGAGGAACCUGCCGAGCCUGGGCGGCCUCGCCCUGUUGUGCUGCGCCGCUGUCGCCGCAGCCGCCGUGGUCGCAGCCACCUCGGCGGGGAAUGUCACCGGUGGCGGCGGGGCCUCGGGGCAGGUGGACGCAUCGCCGGGCCCAGGGCUGUGGGGCGAGCCCAGUCAUCCCUUCUCCAAGGCCCCGACUCCUACGGUCCAGGCCCCGAGGACUGAACCUCCGGCCACUACGGUCCAAGGACCCUUGGCUGCAGCCUCUUCAGUUCAGCCUCCUGAGACCACCCCUCGGGCGACGGCCGGAUUUGCGCCCACUACCUUUCAGGCGCCCCUCGGUGCGUCGCCCACCGCCGCUCAGGCGGUGGAACCCACUCCUACCAACGCUCGGGCGACCCCCAGACCUGCACCGACUACCCUCUCGGCGCCCACUGGCCCGGCGCCCACCACCCCUGCAGCCACCACUGUGCCGGCGCCCACCACGCUCCAGACCCCGAGCCCCGUUCUGCAGGGUGGCAGCAACGUCCCGCCCACCCCACCUGCCACCGAGGCCCCCUCUCCGUCCCCAGAGUAUGUGUGUAACUGCUCUAGAAUUGGAAGCCUGGAUGUGAAUCGCUGCAAUCAUACCACAGGACAGUGUGAAUGUCAGCCAGGCUAUCAGGGACUUCACUGUGAAACCUGCAAGGAGGGCUUUUACCUGAAUCAGACUUCCAGCUCUGGGCUCUGUCUACCAUGUGACUGUAGUCCAGAUGGAGCCCUCAGCAAAAUGUGCAACAGUUCUGGGAAAUGCCAGUGCAAAGUGGGUGUUACUGGCUCUGCAUGUAACCAAUGCCAAGAUGGAUAUUAUGGCUUCAGUAAGAAUGGUUGCUCACCCUGCCAAUGCGAUAAUCGUUCUGCCAGUUGUGAUGCCCUCACAGGUGCUUGUUUAAACUGCCAGGGAAAUAGCAAAGGGGAUCACUGUGAAGAAUGCAAAGAAGGAUUUUAUCAGAGUCCAGACACCACUAAAGAAUGUCUUCGCUGCCCUUGUUCAGCAGUGACGUCUACAGGCAGUUGCACCAUAAAAUCGGGUGAAUCGGAACCUACAUGUAUCCAGUGUAAAGUUGGUUACACAGGCCGGAACUGCAAUAAGUGUGAAAAUGGCUAUUACAAUUUUGACAGCAUCUGUAUAAUCUGUAAAUGUCAUGGUCAUGUGGACCCAGUUAAAACUCCAAAGAUUUGCAAGCCUGAGAGUGGUGAAUGCAUUAACUGCCUCCAUAACACCACUGGGUUUUGGUGUGAGUCCUGCCUAGAAGGUUAUGUUCCAGAUCCUGCAGGAAAUUGCAUCAAGAAAGAAGUUAUUGUUACAACACCUGAAGGUUCUACCAUUUUGGUUUCCAAUGCCUCUUUGACCACAUCAGUGCCCACCCCUAUUAUAAAUAGUACAUUUACCCCCACAACCCUGCAGACUAUCAUUUCAGUAAGCUCUUCUGAAAACAGUACUUCAGCUUUGGCUGAUGUAUCGUGGACCCAAUUUAACAUCAUCAUUUUGACAGUCAUCAUCAUUGUGGUGGUGCUGCUGAUGGGAUUUGUGGGGGCUGUGUAUAUGUACCGGGAGUACCAAAACCGGAAACUGAAUGCCCCGUUUUGGACCAUCGAGCUGAAAGAAGAUAAUAUCAGCUUCAGCAGCUACCAUGACAGCAUUCCUAAUGCAGAUGUGUCAGGAUUAUUGGAAGAUGAUGGCAAUGAAGUGGCCCCCAAUGGACAGCUGACCCUGACAACGCCCAUGCAUAACUACAAAGCCUGA